CGAGGAUGGUUAGCGUGGUGAAGCAACAUAGAAACGCACAAUACACGCACUUCUGUAACUUAGAGAAAGACACCCACAAUCCCUCGGCCGUGCUCAACACCAUCAGCCUCCAGUAAAAUGUCACAGCUCAUUCCAAGCACCACACCCAUUCGAACUUUUGAAGAUCACGAGGCGCUCAUAAAUGCAGUCGCAGUGUUCCCGGAUAAACGACGAAUGAUUACGGGCUCGGACGACAAGACACUUCGUCUUUGGGACUUGGAGACAGGUGUUGUGUUGAAGAAGAUGGAAGGGCAUAGCAGGGGGGUGCUGGCAUUGGCGGUGUCACGAAAUGGUCAAAUAAUAGCAAGUGGUGAUUAUGGUGGAGAAGUCAUCGCCUGGGACGGAGAAACUGGCGAAUCCAUCACCCAACCCAUUGAAGCCCACUCCGGAAAUAUCACCUCGGUGGAUUUUUCUCCGAAUGGAAUGGUGCUGGCCACUGGUUCAUGGGACUACACAGUUAAGUUUUGGAGUACCAAAACGUGGCAGAUGCAAGGAGAUCCAAUCGAGUGUGGCAGUUUGGUCUUCUGCGUUCGAUAUUCGCCUUCUGGUGAACUUCUUGCCAUCGCAACAGACGAGAAUAUCCAAAUUUAUAAUCCAGGCACAAGGGAACAAGUCGCAUCUUUGACAGGUCAGAGCCUGUCACUCGCGUGGACGCCCGAUGGUACACGCAUUCUUUCAGGAGGCAGAAAUUCCAUAUUGGAGUGGGACACAUCAACCUGGCAGCAGGUCGGUCAUGCCUACGAAGGCCACACUGGUCGUAUCAACGCCAUUGCCAUUCAUCCCACUGACACGCUCGUCGCUUCUGCAUCUGAAGACAAGGAUAUCCGUCUCUGGCGGCUCUCAGAUCAACGAACCAUCGCCGUAUCCCGGCAUUCAUCCGCCACGACAUGUGUCACGUUCUCUGUGGACGGCAAGCACAUCAUCAGCGGAGGUCCUGAUAAAAAGAUCUCAGAGUGGGCAAUACCGAAGGAUGCUCAUUCAAAGAUCCUGGACAUCACAACAGCCCGCGAUGCAUGUCUAACUGGGGACUUGUCUUUCGCUGAAGAACUCCUCACUCAAGAGAUCCACAUCAACGCCGACGACGUUAUUUCAUAUGCUAAUCGUUCAUUCGUCAUGGCCCGGAAGCACGAGUGGGACCAUGCUCUUGAUGAUGCAAUCCAGUCCAUCAACAUUCGGCCAUCAUUGGUAGGCUUUAUCUCUAAAGGCAUCGCCCUCUGCGGAAAAGGUCACGUCCGGGAAGCAAGGAUAGCAUUCGACGUCGCAUCCAUGUUCACCAACCAAAAUUCGGAAACAAACCAAUUUCUUCUAUUGAUCAAGGCUAUCGUACUCUUCAGCGCAGAUCAACACGAGGAAGCAAUGCUGCUCAUCAAAGACCUAGCUGCCGCUUGUCCCAAUGUCGAUCCUCUCGCGUGUCGUGUCGUGGAGACAUAUCUACGUGUUCAGCUCAGAAUCAAAGCUUUCGAUGGCGCGCGUUACGACGAAGCCGCUGAUUACUUCACCACCGCUGUCAACUCAGGCGCUUUCUCAUCAAAAUUCAUGCCUCAAAUGUACGAGGACUUGACCGUGCUCUUCGGCUGGGAUCUCCAGUCCUUGUUGCUCACUACACACCAGAAACGGUGCCAGGCAUUUCUUUCGGCAGGUAAACUCGACGAAGCCCUGGAAGCACACAAAUCCAUGAUGGACGCCAUCAACGACAUCGCGAAGGCCAGCUGUCUUGAUUGGUCCAACGAGUUCAAGGAUAAAUGCAGCACGCUCGCUGCGAUGCAGGCAGAGAUCCCCGGGCAAGAGCAAGAUGGCUACGAUGCAGAUCCCAGUUUCUUCUAUGGAACGCAUCAAAUUUCCAGGCCAAGACUUCAACAACGCCCUGGGCGCCUCAAAAGAUUCAGACUUGCUAUGACGAGGAGGCCUCAGGAAGCUCCUGCUCCUGCACCACCCACCACCUCACCACCAGUCGCUGUCACCACCACCAUCAAAACUGAUUUACGACACCUAUUCUCCCGGUCACCCCAUCAUGCAACGCCGCCCGUUGUCGAUGUUCCAUUCACGAAGGCUAAAGAGGUGGACCAGGUCGAUUCUUAUCAGCGUAUCCUGGUUUUCUGAUGCGUAGAUCUACAGCGUCAUAUUGCUGCGGGUGCUCCUGGCCCAGACCCGGACAUCGUACCUGAUGAAUAUUUCGAUACUGCCGAACCGGACACUGACACGCAGCAGCAGC